UUGAGCUGGGAUUAACUGAGGUAGAAUUGUACUGGGAUAUACGCACGGGAUUCAAAGUGUAUUAAAUCCAAUUAGGGUUUGGUCAGAAUUUUUCAUUCGGAUUCUCUCUUCUCUUCCCAAUGGAGAACUGGGACUGGGAAACCUAUUAUUCUCCUACAAACCCCGAAUAUUAUAAUUCACAAGUUAGUGACGAUGAAUAUUCCAAUAAUAUUUGGCCUGGUUUUGUUUUUCGCCCUACUGAUGCUGAACUAAUUCUUGAUUUCUUAACCCGAAAAAUCAAGAACGAGACGAUGUCUCGCAAUCUGAUGAAAGUGGUUGAUAAUGUAUACAAAUUAAACCCGGAAAAUCUUGAAGAUGAUUAUGGUGUGAAUCGAGCGGAAGAAUGGUUAUUCUUUACAACAAGGGACAUAGAACACGAAAAUGAAGAAAUACGGAAUGGAGUUGGAGUUGGAGUCGAUGGAUAUUGGCAGGUAAUUGGGGAAGAUGAUGAAACCAUCAAACAGAAAGAUGAAACUAUUGGAUUUCGAAAGACUCUUGAAUUCUACAAGGGAAACCCACCCAACGGGGACAAGACUUCGUGGAUUAUGCAUGAAAUCAGAUUCAACGAUCAACUUGCUGCAGAUCAUACAGAGUUGGACGAUUGGAUUGUGUGUAGAGUAUUCCACAAAGAUAACAGAUGGAAGGACGAGAGAGAUGAAGAUACUGAUAUGAUAUGGAGUGAUAGUUCGGAGGAUUCGAUGAGCUCAAAUGAAUACGACGACUUUAUAGUAGCACGGGAUUGAGGUACAUUUUCGUACUACUAGAGAAGUACUGUCUUUGUGGAAAACAAGUGUUAGAAAGAGAUGUGAAGAAUUGAAAUACGUAAGCAGUGAUCCUCCCUCAUAAUUUUUCUGAUUCUAUUUUUUUCCCCUUGUUUACUUUGUUAAGGUACAGUUUUUCAAAGCACUACUUGAGAAUGAACACUAUAGUGUUUUCUGUUUACAAUUUACUGGCCUCAGUGAGAGUAGCUUUCGAGAGAAGUUGAUAGUAGUAUGAUAAUCAUUGAAUUUUAUAAUUACAUGGAUAUAUUGCAUUUUCAGGGCCCGUUUCAAAUGCUUUUACUAGCAAAGCUACUUUUCUUUUCGUGCGCGAUCAAUUAUCUAUUCUUUGCCUCUUUUACUCUCAUCUACCGUCUGAGGCUGUAGGCAGCACUCAGCAGGUCGAGUUUUUCUGCUUCGAAGUCGAUUUUGAUGGCAAAAGCUAUAGCUUCUUUGGAUUCAACUUCUACUCUUUUCCAAUUCCUUGAGGAAUCUUUGAAGUCGAAUCCAAUUCUUAAGAUUGCUCCAGUGCUUUGAUGCUUUCUUCUCAGAUUUUCCUCUCAACGGUUUCUUGGUUGAAUCAGAUCUUCCUUUACCUUCCCCGUCAUCAGGGUCGUGCACUCGUGCAGUCUGUAAAUUUCUCAGGCACAAGCCAUAAAGUUGAGAGAGUGAAUGAGUGACUUCCCUACCUGUUUUCAAGAAAGAAAAGAGAGUGAACGAACACGUCACACUAUCAACAUUUACAUCCUCAGAAACCCAAGAGCGUUUGCUAAAAGAUGUGAUAAAAUAUCACUUUUUUACUCAAAUAAACAAACUAUCUUUAAUCUCACGAUAUAUAGCUAGUACAGUAGAACAAUUCUCUCUCAAACACUCUCUUAUACAAACGUGGAAUUUUCUUUUCUAACCUAUAGAUAAAAAAACACACACUAAUACACACUAUAUAAAAAAUAUUAAGAGGAAUUCAAGAUGAUCAAGUAACUUUUUUCAACCUAAAGAAGUAUUCAAAAUGAAUAACUAAUUUGCACCACCUUUAAUAAAAGAAGAGUUCAAAAUGAUUAAAUAACUUCCACCUCCUUUAAUAGAAGAAGAGUUCAAGAUGAUUAUGUAACUCUUUUAAUAGCUCUCAGCCAAUGACAAGCUUUUCCUUAACCAUGUAAAAUUCUUCUAUCCAAUUAAAAACUUUUGUUUAACCAAAUUGUAUUUUGACUAAAUCAUAUAUUAAUCAACCUCAUACUUCUAAAGUUUCUUGAUGAUUUUGGAAUUUCUUCUAAUUUCUAAAAUUUCCACUUUCAACAGAGAGCACUUCAACGAAGAAGUGCUAGUUUGAAACUAGUCUUCUUUAUCAGAAUCCUUAAAAUUUUUACUACUUUGAUCACUAUUGUCGAAGCUAGAUUUAGAAUUCCAAGGACUUGCCUGAAAUGCACUAGGUUUUUCGAAAGAUUGAUGUUGAGAUUUUAUUGCAUCACCCAACAUGUGAAUAGAAGGUUUUAAAUUUCUUGAUCUUGCCUGUCUACGGAAAAACCUUGGGUUCACGAAUUUUUCCGUGUCGUUUUAUAGCUAAUUUUGUUUUUGAUUCUACUUCGAUUCACAAGUAGAUGGACAAACUAAAAUGAUAUCAUCACAUUCACUUCCUCCCUAAUGUUCAAGAAUACAAGAAAUGUGCGCCCCCCCGGGGCACAUCCCAACUGACAAAGAUGAGGGCGCUUGAAGGUUGGUAGAUCAGAAGUCGUGAGUUCCAUUCUUGAAAAGUUCUUGGAAGGCAGGAUUUAUCCUAGAAGGCAAGAGCUCUACUGGAAGGUAAGGUGCAAAGAUGGGAAACGACUUGCUUGGUACUUUGGCAUAUCAGUUGGGGGCUCUAGAACACUGGUCAGUUUGGGGCACAACCUGCGGUUUAACCUGUCUGCAGCUUGAAGGGCCAAGGUGUAAACUCCAGGAUUUAGUCACCGUAAGAUGGAUAACUUGAUAUAAAAAGAAUACAAGAAAUGUGUCGAUGUCAACUGUUGCAUCUUGAUUAAAAUAUUAUAACUAUUGCAACAAGGGGUGGGGCGGAAUAUACUAGGACGAUAUGUCGUUCUUAAAAAAGCAUAAUUGACAAAGUUGGAGGAUCCACAAAUUGUAUGAUCAAAAUUCACAUAACAGUGGGUCCCGUAACUUAUAGACUAGAUGAGUUGGAAAAUUAUAUGAAUCAACGGAUUUGUUGAUCUCUACAGUCUGAAGUCAACUAGAUUUCAAGAAACCUACUGACAUGCACACAAGAAGAAGGUCAAGUGGGUAACGGUGGGACAAUUUCAUAUUCGUUUGCCAGAAAAAGAGAGAGAGAGGACUCUCCACUAAGAAUUAAAAGCCACAUUUGACUGGAAGGGGAAAGAAAGUUAAAUAAAUAAAUAAAUAAAUAAAUGAUCACUUUAAAUUAAAAGGAAUGGAUAUGAAUUAGUCAAAAAUCAAAAUGUGCAUUUCAUAAUAUUGUAUAAUUCUACCAUGCAAUGAUGUCUUAGUUAGUGGUCAAAUGCACAAUUGCAUAUUGAUUGUUCCCUUUAUUCUUCUUUUAUGGGUUCUGUUAGUGAGAAUUUCUAGAUAUUUAAGAUGUAUAUACUGCAUGGGUAAUGGGUUGUUCAGUCAAUUCUUCAUGGCGGUCCAUCUACUAAUAGAAGAUUCAACGGUUGUAACAAUUCAUGCUACUCUAGACGAAACUUCAAGGUAUUAUCUAAAAAUGAUAAAAGAUCCAACUAAUAUAUCUUCAAGUGGAAGGAAUACAAAUACACACUUAAGUGCAUAUGCAAGGGAUUCUCUCUCUUUCUUGCCAUGUUUCCACUAUUGUUUCUGCGACCCAUUUAUUAGGGUGGAUGUUUGGGUAAAAAUAUAAGAAAUCAAAAUAAGAUAGCAAGUCAUUGUUAAGAAUGUGUGAGAUUUAGAGCUCUACUUGAAAAAGAUAAUUGAUUAUUGUCUCCAUUUCAAGUAAUAAUCUAUCCAUUCUUCUUCUAAUUAGCUAAAAGGAUCGCACUAUCCAUCAAUGUCCAACUCAUUCGACGCUUCAAGACUAUUAUCCACGUGGCAUGAUUAUAUUGAGAGUCAACUACCAUUUUUAUUUUUAUUUUGACUCAUCGCGAUCCAAAUUGGAAACCCCCACCUUCAUCCUGAUCUUCUAUAUACAUCUAAUUUAUCCCGUUAUAAUUUGCAUAACUAGGUUUGGGCACAAGUCCAACUCUAAUAUCAGUUACUCCAAUUUUGAAUUUCAUCCAAAAAUAUUACUCCAUUCGUCUCAAUUAUAUAGGUUGAGCUUCCUUUUUCUCGUCUCAAAUAUAUAGGUCUAUUUCCUAGAAUAUUUUAUUUUGUUCAUUUACUAAUAUACCCUUAUUCAAUUUUUUCCAUGCCAACUUCUUGAAAUA